GAGUUUGACAAUGUGGAUCAGAAUGGUACAGUCAUAAUAGAAUACACAAUGAAACUUAGAGAUGAACAAAAUAUCUCCCAAUAUGAGGUGCAUAAUGAAACUUUAAACAAAGUAUUAUAUGCUUUAGAGAAAUGUUUCAGUGAUUUAUUUUUUUCAUUGGGUGGCACAGUUUUUUCCAGUAUGUUUAAGAUGAUGGGAAUAUGCACUAUGUAUGAUUGGGCUAGUAGAAUGGUUCUUUUACAGGAAGACUGUGAUGAUGAAGUAACUGAGAUGACAUUGUUUGAAAAACAUGAUAAGCCAUCAUCCUCAAAACAUGAAAUAGAUUCAAAUGAUAUAAAGGGGUAUCUUACAAUAUGUUGUCUUGCUCUUUCGAUCUUGAGUAUGUUUGUUAGAAUUGCUUUGCAACCAUUUAUCCCAGCAUAUCACUCAUUUCCUGGUAAGAUGCAAUUUUGUUUUGUUCUUUCCUUAUGCUUUGCUCACAUCCUCUACCUUUGUGGUCCUUUUGCAAAUGGGGCAUGGAUUAUUUGCAAAGUCAUUGGAAUACUUAUCCAUUAUUCUUUUCUUUGUGUAUUCACCUGGUUGGCCGCAAUUGCCUUUGAUAUGUACCGCACAUUUAGGUUGCCUGUUCAAAAUUGUUCAAAUAAUAAAACACUUCUACUAUACUGUUUCACAGUGUUUCUGAUACCUGCUCCGAUUGUAUCAAUAUCAGUGGUUUUUGAUAUUGUUCCAAUUGAUACAAUAUUCAAACCUCUCUAUGGAAAUCCAUUGUGUCAGAUCUCUAAUCCAAAUGCCAACUUGCUGUUCUUUGCUGGUCCUCUUGCGUGUGUCAUUAUAUUCAAUUCCAUCAUGUACAUAUUGACUGUUGUAUCUCUUAGAAGAAGUUGGAGAGAAACAGUGAUGGUAACAAACACACAUGACUAUCAUAUCAAGGUUUAUAUCAAGCUCUUCAUUAUCAUGGGGUUCACUUGGAUCUGUGGUUUCAUUUGUCCUUUCACCCAUGAAGCCCUUUCUUACAUAUUCAUCCUGCUUAAUGCCAGCCAAGGUGUGUUUAUCAGUGUUUCUUCUGUGCUAUCCAAACUGGUCUAUAGGGAAUUAAAGUGUUGCGAGAAAACCAACAAAAAUCCUACUGGAGCAACAAGCAACCGUUCAAUUGAAACUAGACUGUGAAAAAUGCCAUUCUAAGAAUCAUCCUUAUUCUUUCCUCUAAUUGUU